AUGGAAUUUCUAAAGCAACCGAAACCGAUGGACUGGGGAGGUGACCAAGCCUUAAAUUGGAAGAAAUUUAAAAAGAGUUUUGAGUUAUACCUGGUCGCGACUGGUGCAAGCAAGAAAGCGGAAGAAAUUAAAGCGGCUAUACUAAUGCAUUGUAUCGGCGAACAAGCAGUCGACGUGAUUGAUACGCUGGGAUUGACAGAGGAUGAACUAAAGGUAAAAGACACAAUUAUAGCAAAACUUGACACGUAUUUUGUACCAAAAACAAACGAAAGUGUUGAGAGACAUAAGUUGAACAUGAGGAUUCAAGGACCAACCGAAUCAUUCAAUGAUUUUCUGCAAGAUCUCAGAAACAUAGCGGCGUCCUGCAACUUUGGAAACAUGAAAGAUGAUUUAAUCAAAGACAGAAUCGUGUGCGGUAUAUACAAUGCGAAAGUGAAAGACAGGUUAUUAAGAGAAGACGGACUAGAUCUAGACAAAGCAAUAAAAAUUUGUAGAGCUGCGGAGUGUACAGAAAAUCAUUUAAAAAAUCUAUAUGAUGGACAAAAAACCGAAAUUGGUAUAAUUGGCACGUCAAGGCCAGGAAAAAAUGACAAAGGCGGCAAAGGAUCGGCAAAACAAAAUAAUGGCAGAAAUCCAAGGUCAUCAGGCGAUAAUCAGAACGGGCAAAUGAGCGGACGAAAUAACGGAUGGCAAAAAGGCAGAGCACAAGGAGAGAGACAACAACAAAGAAGGAGGGAUGACAAUGCCAAGCAGCAAGCGGCCAACGAAUGCAUAAGAUGCGGAUUCGAACGGCAUAAUUAUAAUUCGUGCCCAGCAGUAGGUCAAACAUGUGCAAAUUGUAAAAAAAUAGGACACUAUGCAAGGGUUCUCACACUGGAUAGGGAUGGUUCGCCUUUGGUAACUGUGUUUUGCAGGAUUUUUAGCUGUGUUGUCGGUCUCCAUGGUGGUUUGUCUGGGAUGUUCCUCAGUUGGCUCGGAGCCCAAACAAAUGUAAUUCCAGAAUAUUUGUUCGAGAAACUAGGAUUAAAACAUACAUUAGAACAGUGCAUGAUUAAAGCUACCAAUUAUUCAGGUAGUAUGCUUGAUGUUGUAGGAAAAUGUAUUCUAAAAGUGAAACAUAGAGGAGAAAAUCACAGUCUGCAAUUUUUGGUUAUUAAGACUAAACCAGUAGCUCAAAUAGUACUAGGGAUUAAAACUAGUAAAGCCUUAAAUCUGGCGGUGUUAGUAAACACAAUUAAUGAGAAGCGAGUAACGGAACCCACGGAAUAUGUUAAUCCUAUUGUAGUAGUUAAAAAACCAAAUGAUAAAAUUCGAAUCUGUUUGGAUCCACAAACAUUAAACGAUAACAUUCUGAGAGAGCAUUAUGAAUUGCCAACAUUUGACGAACUAACAAGAGAAAUGGCAGGUAGUAAAUAUUUUUCAGUGCUAGAUGCCAAUAAAGGAUUUUGGCAAAUAGAACUAACAGAAGCUGCAUCAAAGUUAACGACGUUUGCAACUCCAUUUGGGAGAUACAAAUUUUUAAGGUUACCUUACGGGAUUUCAAAUGCUCCGGAAAUUUUUCACAGAGUCUUUUCACAACUAUUCGAGGAAAUUCCAGGGUGCACAAUUUAUAUUGAUGAUAUUAUUAUUCACACAAAAACUCGAGAAGAACACGAUAAAGUGUUAUUAAAAGUCCUAGAGAAAGCCAGAGAAGUAGGGGUAAAAUUCAAUAAAGACAAAUGUAAAUUCUAUCAGACUGAAGUUAAAUAUACAGGCCACAAAUUCUCAGAAAGAGGUAUAAGCCCUGAUCCAAACAGAGUCGAAGCAAUUAAUCAGAUAAGAACACCUAAGAAUGCGAAGGAAUUAAGUAGAUUUAUGGGUAUGAUAACGUAUGUAAGCCGAUUUAUUCCUAAUUCAGCGCAGAGAACAAAAAACAUGCGACAGUUAAUGAAACGUAACAUAGAAUGGUUAUGGACGGAUGAACAUGAGAAAGAAUUUAGUGAUCUCAAAACAGUGUUAAUGAAAAGUCCAGUCUUACAAUUUUUUGACAGUAAUGCGGAAAUUACACUAUCAGUGGACAGUUCAAAGGACGGCAUGGAGGCAGUGAUCUUACAGAGUAAAGCACCCAUAGCAUAUGCGUCAAAGUCCUUGACAAAGUGUCAGCAAGGUUAUGCCCAAAUCGAAAAGGAAUUGCUCGCGAUUACCUUUGGAUGUCAAAAAUUUCAUCAAUACUUGUAUGGGAAAAGAUUUGUAGUGGAGACAGAUCAUAAACCAUUGGAGACAAUUUUCAAAAAACCACUAAGUAAAUGUCCGUUAAGAUUACAAAGACUUAGAAUAACAUUACAAAAUUAUGACAUUGAAGUCCGUUACAAACCAGGAAAGCACCUAUACUUUGCUGAUGCUCUCUCAAGAGCACAUUAUGACGAUAAAGAUUGCGUAAUUAAUGAAAGUGACAUUCAAGCACAAAUUGACCUAAUACAAUUAAGUGAUGGAAUUAGUCCUAAGAGAAAAGAAAUCAUUAUUGCAGAAACAAAUGUAGAUUCAGAAUUGAUAGAGUUAAAGAAAGUAAUUAAAGAAGGUUGGCCCAAAAUGAAAAAUAGCUUAAAUGAUCAAAUUAAACCAUAUUGGGGCAUAAGAGAUGAGUUAACAGAAAUUAACGGUACACUAAAUACACUACCAACCUCUACUCCUAUCAAACCCUCCGGAUCCAAAUCCGAAACCACAGACCUUUAUUUCGCUGAAUCGGGAAUUUUUAACCCUUCCGAGACUCUUAUACCUAGCGACUCCGCCGACGCAGACGACAUAACUAGUCAACCGGUGCGCGAUUUCAGUGAUAUUACGUCCAGACGUCAAACAGUUGUAGCCAUCCCUAAAUCAAGGGGCCCUAACGGAACAAUGACGCACCACAACCCGUUAGCUACGCUAAAAUACGCCGUCGAAGCCGUACCGUUUUUCGAUGGCCAGAAUAUUCCUAUAACAUAUUUUAUAGAAGGAUGCGAAGAGGCAAAAUCUAUAUUGCCUCCAGAAGCCGAAUAG